AUGGCUUUCUUUAAUACAUUGCGAAACACAUUAACCAAACAUUUUCCGGCCGGAAUCGCAGCCACUGCUGAACUGGUGGUCGCCUGUCAUCGGAUUCAGGAUUUCUUAGUUCUCGACGAAAUCAGUGAAUCAGACAAACCGAUUGAAUACAUGUCGUCAGUAUUCUCAGAGAAAGAGAAGGAAGCGAAUGGAAAUGGAGUUUUAGUAAGCGUUGAGAAACCUAUUAAACGGGUGGACGACAGAGAGAAAGGAGUUUUCAUUAAGAAUAUGAGCGUUCGUUGGAAUGAUGAAAUCCUUGAGCCCACUCUUAAAGAUAUUAGUGUUUGUGUAAAACCUGGAGAGUUGUUAGCAGUGAUAGGAUCCGUUGGUAGUGGAAAGAGUUCACUAUUGAUGUCAAUCCUAAAUGAGUUGACAGUUACGUCGGGUUCAAUGGAGGUGAAGGGAAAGGUGUCUUAUGCCCCACAAGAGUCGUGGGCCUUCAUAUCUAGCGUUAGAGACAAUAUUCUGUUUGGUUCUGAAUAUAAUGAAGAGAAAUACAAUAAAGUAGUUCAUGUGUGCGCUCUGGACAGGGAUUUCAAACUAUUCCCAUUCGGUGACAAAACUCUUUGCGGAGAGCGAGGGGUAUCUCUAAGCGGGGGCCAAAAAGCGAGGAUUACGUUAGCGCGGUAA